AUGGUAUUCAUUGGGGGUAUUUUAAUUGAUAUAGUUGGCACUAAUAUUAUUAGUGUUAUAUUUUGUGGUUUAGCAUUAUUAUCAUCAUUUGUAACAGUAAUCAGCACUCCUCAUUAUAAAGGUUUAAUGGUUGGGAGAUUUUUAUUGGGUAGCGGUGGUGAAACAUUAUUAUCAUGUGCUGCUACAAUGAUUCCAUUAUGGUUUUCAGCAAAGGAGGUACCACUAUGUAUGGGUUUCUUUGCGUCAUGGGUAUAUUGGGGCAAUUUAACUGCAUUAAUUAUUUUACCUAGAAUCAACGAAGUUGCAGGUUUUAGAGCAGCAAUGUGGUUUAUUUUUGGUGUUUUUGUAUUGGAAUUCGUAUUAAAUUUAUUAUUAAUUAGAUUCAAGGAAAAACUAAGUUGGACUGUUAAGGGAGAGAAUGGCGAAUUAAAGAAUAUAGCGAGUUUACAGAAUAUGAAUUUAAUCAGUAGAACUUCAAGCACAGCAGAUAUUCUAGAUAGCGAGGGGAGAGAGUUAAAUAAUGAGGACGAUCAGUCUACAGCACCCACAUUCAGUAGUAAUGACUCAACACCAAUUGAAUCAACAACACCUUUAUCUUCAGAUGAGAUGAUGUUAGAAGAUGGUAUGAUUAUUAAUGAAAUUAAAUCAGAUAUCAAUAACCCACAACUUUCAAAAUACAGAUUAUUUGUCAUCAAAAUUAAAGAAAUCAAAGAACAAGCAGUUUUAUUACCAAAAAGAUUCUGGUUACUCUCAAUCAUUUGCUUUAUUGGUUAUUACACAAUGUUUGGUUUAGCUAUUAUUGGUACCGAUGUAUUAAAGAGCAAGUUUGAUUACAACGAAAAAACCUCAGCAAAUUAUAUGGCAAGCGAAGCUAUGGUUAAUGGUAUAUUACCAGUAUUCACAGGUUUACUCAUUCAAAACAUUAGGGGUAGAAAAAUUCAAAUUAUGGCCUUUGCUUCAUUCUUAUUGGGUUUGGGCGUCCUAUUAUUAAAUAUAACUGAUGUUAACCCAUUACCAUGGAUUAUAAUUUGUGGUGUAGGUUUCUCGUUACUCAACACAACUCUCUUCUCUUGUAUCCCGUUAUUAGUAGAUAUGUCAAUUGUGGGCACUGCUUAUGGUAUAGUAACCACAGCCUAUAAUUGCAAUAUCAUUAUUUUCCCUCCAAUUUUAGAUGCCAUCAAGGAACAUACCGGUAGUUACACAAUUCCAUUAUAUUUCCUAUCAUUUACCUCAGUAAUUACAAUCUCUUUAUUAGGUCUCUUAAAAUACUGGGAUACUCAAGUUCCUUUAUCUCAAUCUUUAGAUUCACCUUUAACAACUAUCAACCUUAACGUUAUCAACGAAAAUAAUAAUUCUAUUGAAUUAAAAGAUGACGAAAAUUUAAUCAAAAAUCAAAAUAAUGAAGAAACUAUUGAUAAUUUAAACGAAAAUGAAAAUAACUCCAUUUUAGUUUAA